AUGGUUUCGCGGGGUUCGGGGAGCGGGAUUCACAUAAGAUUGAGGACUGCGGCGAGUCCUAGCGCUCACCGCCAUCUCGCAAUCUUCGUGUCUGCUUCUCGUCUUGACUGUCAAUCAUACUGCUCCCACCCUCUUAAAUCUCUCCACGCGCAAGCUCUCAUCAUGGUUCCUGCAAGAAUCUGGCUAUCAUUCAAGAACAAUCUCUCUGAUGUUCAAACCGAUGGGCUUGUGUUUGUUAAUGACCUCGUCCACGCCGCAAAAAAAGACUUCUCGCGUUCCCUGCGAGCCUACGACACCUCGGAUAUCACCCUGCAUACCGCUGAACACGCAGAGCCGCUCACUUCACACUCACGCCUUGCAGAACACGCCGAACAACUCUCCGCUUGUGGCCUCCCGGAGACUCCUCUUAUCAUCAAAGUCAAAUCCAAUGUUGAAGAGGACAUUGUACGCUUCUGGAAGGCUCUACCAGAGGCCACUUUGGUUGUCGACGGGGAGAUGGAAUAUCUGGAGCUCAAAGAAUCGACGUAUGUACUCGGAAGACAAGAUCUGGGUCACCGCCUCCUCGUGCGCCCAGUUUACAAAGAGCUCUGCGAGCAUUUUGAGCAGAAGAGCUCAUGCAACAAAUGGGUCGUUGCCGGUACUCCCGGGAUCGGAAAAACCAUCUUUUCCGCUUACUGCAUGUGGAUCGCUGCGUGCAAGAAAAAAACGGUGGUUUGGGAGCCUUUCCGAUUUCCAGAAAAUAAUCCUCUUAAGAGCUAUUUGAUGACAUCAGGCGGUGUUGAACUGGUAGAUAAUAAGACUUCCGACCUUGCCAACGCUCUCAACAAUCCUGAAACGGUAUACAUCAUCGAUGGCAAAGCUCUACCCAUGUGCGGUGCAUGGACUCUCCACCUCACCCCUCCGCAUUUACACCGACCACUCAGACAACUGGGCUUCACGAUCUUGUACAUGGGACCUUGGGAUUGGGAAGAAAUGGAACAUUGCAAAGCCAUUCUCUAUCCAAAUGAAGAAAUCUUACCUACUAAGCUCAUGGAUCGGCUGUUUGAUUGGUACGGCGGUGUGCCAAGAUACGUUCUCGAGUUAGCCUCAGCUCGAUUGAAAGCACUUGAUGGAAACGAGGAGGCUGUGUUGCAAGAAAUGGUAGCCAAAGUCAAACUAGCUCUUGACCAAAGUUCACCAUUUGAAUUUUUCCAAGCACUUCAGGCCGCAUCGAUUUCCGGAGAUCAUCCGCAUCUUGUGAUCCAUAUCCAACGUCAUCCCAGUGGAAAUCUGGAUCAGUUUCAUCUACGAUGGGCAUCACAUCAAACUCGGACGGUAAUGGAGAAAGUAAUGGCGCAGGAAAUUCGCUCGGGCAGCUCUUGCGGCAAAAUGCUUAUGAGGGUAAUGGCUGGCGAAUCCUGAUUAUAAGCACCUGUCCUUGUCUCAUGCGCUGCUUGAGGUUUUGUGUGUCAUGAAGAAGAGGAAGUUAGCCAAGGUCUUAAAUCAUGAAAUCUAUCUAUUCCACUCGGUGCCCUCACCUUCUAUUCAAGCUGUACAAUCCGUUGAUAGCAUCACUCCACCAGCAUCAUCAAGUCAGAAAGCUUAGAAUACCAUUCUCCAAUUUUAUCAGAAAGCAGCAAAACAAAACUUCUUGUUGGAUGGCUUGCAAUCAAAAUAGUCACACCUAUUGUGUGACAUUCUGCACUAGA